AUGCCGCCAUCUAUGGCGGCAUCACCCAACGCUCCCCUGCGACUUCGUCAGCAUCUUACACCAAGCACAACGACAAUCACGGCCUAUUUGGUGUUGGUCGUCGUUCAAUACCUCAUUCCUGACCGUGGUGUGGACUACUCCGCUCCGCAUGCUGCUGCAGCAUACGCUCUCAUCACGCCUUUCAUGUAUAUUGCCUUGGGACAUAUCGCUGGACGCGUAGUUUCACCUACAAUUGUGAAACUGCUUUCUCUCACUGGGAUCAUGAAGGAAGAUCCAAAACCUGUUAUGGUUACCAAUGACGAGGAAGCGGCUGUUGCUGUCGAGGCAACUCCAGCAGCACCGCGAAAGGUGGCCGGCUUCCUGCAGAGCUUGAUACCGACAUUCAUUAUUGCUGCUCUUAAUGUCCCUGCUGCCGCGCUCUUGCAUAUCAGCCAGCGACCACAAUCUGCCUCGUCUUGGUUUAUGAUUGUUUCGGGUACCAUAUCUACCCUUGGACGAGUCAUGAAGAACGUGUUUAUAUACGCGUCUUUGGGCCUUCUUGCGUUGGUCGCCUUCUCGUUGGCGCCAAUCCUUAUUAUGCGCCACCAAGCGAGGGUUGUCCAGACUCUCACCUAUAUGACGCUGAUCGGCGGUAUUUUGCUGGCGUAUUCGAUCACGCUCAACACGCUGUGGAGGCUAGACCUGCAAGCGCAGUCCCUCCAGUCGCUUCUCGCCCAUUUCCGUUGGCAGGCCAUCUACGUCAUCUCUCCCGCCGCCUGCUGGUUCGGCGCGCUCGUCUUCUUCUUGGAGACAUUCUACCUCUUCACAACCAAGACGGCCGACUAUCUUUUCCGCCGUGCGCUAGUCGUCGAGCCAUCGUUGUUUCGCGUGAAAGACAGCUACCGACCCCCGAGUUACUUUGACCGUAUCUGGGUCUUCCUCCAGUCAAUCGUCCUCCCCGCCGUCCUCAUUCUCUCGGGGCUAUGUCUGCAAGAGCGGGGAGAGAAGCUCCACCGGUGGGGGCAGGUGCUGGCGAUCGUCGGAUCGCUUAGCUCGGGCAUCUUCGCCUUGGAUUUCGGCUUAUACUUCUUCGUCGUGAAGAACACGGCGCCAUCGCUCAGUACAGCAAAUACCAGCACGCUUGACAGGCUGGCGCUGUCUGCGGGGGUGUACCUCUUGACGAAUAGGAAUGGGGAAUCGUUCUGGACGAUGCUGGAGAGGCUCAAGCAGGAGGACACCGCGAGGGUCAUCGAGCGGGAAAAGAACCUGGAGGAACUGGAAGUGGGCACGGAAAUCGAGGCGAAAGCAUGA